UCCUCCUCCUCCUCCUCUUCCUCCUCCCCCCGCUCUCGCGACAGCUCCGCACAGAAAAUGGCCCCGCGGCCGCCCCGCCGCUGAUGCGCGACCCGGGAGGCGCCGGCCCCGCCGCUGCCCCGCAUCGCCGGGAGGAGCCGCCGUGUCCCUGUGCCCGUGCCCAGCUCCAGCCAAGCCAUGAAGACGGAGAAAGACGAGGCUGUGGCCACCUUCUCCCUGCGGGGGAAAUUUGGCACAGAGGGGGCAGGCUGCAGUGACCCAGGCCUGCCCAGUGCCCCGAUGCCGGGGAGCGCAGGGACCCCGGCCCCGGAGCUGCGGCCGCUGAAGCGCAGACCUGUCCCAGGGAAACACUACCAGUGCUCGAGCUACGGCUGCAAACUGGCCUUCCCCAGCAUGCAGGAGCUGAUGGACCACCUGAAGGUCCACUACAGACCCACACAGUCCCUGGAGGGCAAAACCUUCCACUGCCCCACCCUGGGCUGCACCGAGACCUUCCCCAGCAUGCAGGACCUAAUGGCCCACAUGAAGGUGCACUACAAGCCAAACCGCUACUUCAAGUGUGAGAACUGCCUGCUGCGCUUCCGGACACACCGCUCGCUCUUCAAGCACCUGCACGUCUGCUCCGACAGCGCCAGCGGCCCCGCGCCGCCCCCCAGGGCCGACAGGCCCGUCCUGCCCCCCGCUACCUCUGCCCCGGAGAAGGAGCCCCCGGCCAAGCCAGCCGAGGGGCUGCCCAAGCUCCCGAGCGCUCUCCGGCCCCUGGAGAAAGAAGCCAUCGUGGCGGGCGCGGACACUGCCCCGGCGGCGCUGCCCACGGGGCUGCCCGAGCUGCCCGGCUCGCUGGAGCCGCUGCCGCUGGUGUCACCGGCCCCCCACCCCUUCCCGCUGCUGGAGCCCGGCCUGUUCGGGCCGUCGUCCUUGACUCGGUUCUCGGGGCCACCCCCGUCCUCGGUGCCGGGGCCGUUCCUGUCCUACGUGCCCCCCUCGCCCUACGGCCUGGCGCAGCCCCCGGCUCAGCACCGCCUGCGGCCCUUCCUGCCGGGCCACGGCCCCCCCAGCGUCUCCAACGCCGUCUGGAAGAAAAGCCAAGGUGUGAGUGUCAGCCCACUCCUCCCAUGCUUUGGCUCAGGAGUGACUCCAGGGCACUCCUCCAACAGCCGCAUCGUGUGGGAGCACACGCGGGGCCGCUACAGCUGCACGCAGUGCCCCUUCUCCACCGCCUCCCGCGACGAGAUGACCCUGCACACCGAGGACCACCGCAAGAACCCCCCGCCCGGGCGCCUGGAGGCCGAGAUGGAUUUCGGGGUGGGCCUCGCCCCGUUCCACGCCAAGCUGCCGCCGGAGAUGGAGAACUCCCUGUACUCCCAGCUUUGAUGCCCUCGGCUCUCACGGGACUCUCCUGCGCCUCCCCAUCCCUCCCCUGAGCCGGGCAGGGGGCACAGCACAGCCCCUGCCACCGUGCUGGGACAGGGACCCCUCCCUGGGGACAGGAGCACCCCCAGCCCAGCCCGCGGUGCCACAGGGGCGGAUGUUUGCCCCGGAGUUUCUCCCCUUCUUUUUUAUUUUCGGAAACUCUCCAGCACCCGGAACCCCUGCAUCUCCCUCCCCUAAAGGUUCUGUUGCUUCAGCCCCAGGGGCUCUGGGGGGAGCCCGGUAGGUUCUCAGGGGUUAGUGGACUUCUCUGGAAUGAGAUCUCGGAAUAAUAAAUGGGAAUUGUACAGGA